AUGGCAGGAGAGGUACCUUUGGAGAUCUUGCAGAACUUGCAACAGCAAAUUCAGGAGAUGAGGGCAGAAAUCGCGACAAUAAGGGCGGAACAAGCGAACCGAGUAGGAGGUCAUUCCGACCGCUCUGUCAAUGUAGAAACCUAUCAUUCGGACACUGGGGAACAACCUCUUACUCAAGGUGAGAGGCGACAGGAGCAACAAAAUCCUGUGCAUGGAGAGGAAGCUGCAGAAGUCAAUGGACGAGGUGGAGGUAGAGAUAACGGAAGAUCGGUAAGUAGAGUCGGGAGUAGAAACGGAGGACGAGGAAGAGGUCGGGGUAAUGAGAGAGGUGAUCCUCAUCGUCGAGAUGAGAGGCAGAGAAACGAGGAUCAAAAUCCUCCAUAUGGUGAUCAGGCAGAGGGGUUGCAUCCUUUUACGCGAAGGGUAAUGCAGGCAAUCAUACCAGAGAACAAAGUACUGCCCUCAAUGGAGAAGUAUGGAGGCUCCUCUGACCCUAUUAAACAUUUACGAUCUUUCGUAGAUGCCAUGGCAGUAUAUUCGUCCAAUGAACUGGUAUGGUGUAGAGUUUUUUCUCUUUCGCUAAAAGAGGAAGCAUUGGAUUGGUUCCAUUCAUUACAACCCGGAACCAUCGACAACUUCGCCGAGUUACGCCAGCUAUUUACCCAACAGUACGCUGCGAGUAAGACGCCUGGAGUGACUUACACGGCCCUAGUAAGAAUGAGACAAGGACGUGACGAGUCCCUCAAAAUGUUUAUGGAUCGGUUCAAUCGUACCGCUAGGCAAGUACGGAAUGCCGAUCAACGACUGGUGGUGAGUGCUUUAACCACUGCAUUGCAACCUGGUCCAUUUUGUGACUAUCUCCACGCCGAAGAGCCUCAAAGCAUGGACGAACUACAAAACAAAUUGGCCAGUUUCAUUCGCAUAGAAGAAGGAAGAGCCCAUCAACGUGGGAGAGAGGAGCGAGAGUCAAUACCCCGAUCGGCCAGAAUGAGACCCGGACUACAGUCCGGUGGCAAUGACAGGAGAGGAGGCUACAGAGGCAAAGAGCGUAACCAAGCCGGACACCUUCAGAAGUUCGUCCAUAGAGGAAGAGUGCCAACCAGAUCCGAUCGGCUCCCAUCUCAAUCAGAAUCCCGAAAAAGGAGUCGCCCUAGAGCUGAUCGGAGUAGAAGCAGAAGUGCGGACCGAACGGUACGAGGAGUAAUCAACACUAUUUCUGGAGGGUUUGCAGGCGGUGGAUCGACGUCAGCCGCCCGCAAGAGGCACUUAAGAAACUUACACAGCUCCCACCGAACAGACACCUCAAAAAGAUCCAUGCCCACCAUUACUUUUUCGGAUGACGAUUUUCACGCACCAGACUUGGAGCAAGAUGACCCGAUGGUGAUAACAACAAUGAUUGCCAGGUACAAAGUGAGUAAAGUUUUAAUAGAUCAAGGAAGUUCGGCCAACAUAUUAUAUUGGAAGACUUUCAAGCAAAUGGAUAUAUCGGAGGAUGCGAUCUUGCCUUUCAAUGAACAGAUAGUAGGAUUCGCAGGAGAGAGAGUAGAUACAAAGGGUUAUGUUGAUUUGAGAACCAGUUUGGGAGCUGACAGGGAGGCUAAGGAAAUGAAGGUUCGGUUCCUGCUAGUAGAAGCCGACACAUCAUAUAACGUUUUACUGGGAAGACCGUGCUUAAACAUGUUUGGGGCUAUCGUCUCGACCCCACACUUAGCUUUAAAAUAUCCCAUCGAUGACAGAAAGGUUGCCACCAUUCGGGCCGACCAGAAAAUGGCUCGUGAGUGCUACACUGCAGGUUUGAAGGUCAAGCCCAGAGGUACCACUUUCUCAGGCCACCGAUCAGAAGUCGCCAUGAUGGAAUUGGACCCUCGAACACAAUUUGACGAUCGGGUGGAACCCCUAGGAGAUACACGUCCUAUUGUUAUUGGACAGCAGGAGGAUCAAUGUACUACCAUAGGGCGCAAUCUUACCACCGAUCAAGCAACCUUGAUAGAAGAACUGUUGCUGAAAAACAAAGAUUUGUUUGCAUGGCAAGCAGCUGAUAUGCCAGGUAUUCAUCCUGACAUCAUAUCCCAUAAACUGUCACUAUUCAAGGAUGCCCGACCAGUUGCCCAGAGAAAGCGGAGGUUAGGCAACGAGAAAAGAAGAGCGGUAGAGGAUGAAGUAACAAAAUUGUUGGAAGCCGGGUUUAUACGAGAAGUGAAGUAUACUACAUGGUUGUCGAAUGUGGUGAUGGUCAAGAAGCCGAACGGCAAUUGGAGAAUGUGCACGGAUUUUACAGACCUUAAUAAGGCAUGCCCGAAGGACACGUAUCCCCUCCCAAGCAUCGAUGGCUUAGUAGAUGGAGUUUCUGGAUACGAAAUCUUAAGUUUUUUAGAUGCAUAUUCGGGAUAUAAUCAAAUCCCCAUGUAUCAACCCGAUCGGGAAAAAACGGCCUUCAUAACGGAACGCUCCAAUUAUUGUUAUGAGGUAAUGCCGUUCGGGCUAAAAAAUGCAGGAGCAACAUAUCAACGACUCAUGGAUAAGGUCUUUCAACAUCAAAUAGGAAGGUGUAUGGAAGUGUACGUAGAUGAUAUGGUAGUGAGAAGCCGAUCGGUGGAAGACCACUUGCGGGAUUUGGCCGAAGUUCUGGAUCAAGUACGGAAGUUCGGAAUGAGAUUAAAUCCUCUCAAGUGCACGUUCGGAGUGUCUGCAGGAAAGUUCUUAGGUUUCAUGCUUACUUCCCGAGGCAUUGAAGCCAACUCGGACAAAUGCCGCGCUAUUUUGGAAAUGAGAAGUCCGAGUAGUUUGAAGGAGGUACAGAGGUUGGUCGGGAGACUUACGUCGUUAUCCCGAUUCAUACCCAAAUUAGCUGAGCGAAUUCAGCCGAUUCUAAAGCUGCUGAAGAAACAAAAAGAGGUAGAGUGGAGCGAUCGGUGUGAAGCGGCAUUUGACGAAGUCAAGCAAAUUCUUUCUAACCCUCCGGUUAUGAGACGCCCGGACUAUGGCUGUGAUUUGCAUCUAUUCUUGGCGGUCGGUGAAGAGGCGGUCAGUGCCGCAUUAGUGCAGGAAAUUCCUGAGUUUCGACCAGUAUAUUUCAUCAGUCGGGUAUUGAAGGAACCUGAAACCAGGUAUCAACAACUGGAAAAAAUAGUCUUAGCACUUGUGAUCGCCACCCGAAGACUCCGUCCCUACUUGCAAGGAAACCAGGUAAUUGUCCGAACAGAUUACCCUAUUUCGAAAAUUUUGCGAAAACCCGACUUAGCAGGUAGGAUGAUUGGCUGGUCCAUCGAACUUUCUGAGUUCGGUCUGAGGUACGAACCACGAGGAUCAGUCAAGGGCCAGCACCUUGCUGAUUUCGUGGCCGAGCUCCCAAGGAGAUCGGUCCAUUGCCACUCAUGGACAUUAUAUGUGGAUGGAUCGUCCGGCCUUAAAGGAGGUGGAGCGGGCGUGGUCUUAGAAGGACCGAACGGAAUAGUUGUUGAACAGGCCUUGAUCUUUCGGUUUAAAGCCAACAAUAACCAAGCUGAGUAUGAGGCCUUAAUAGCCGGCCUCGAGCUAGCACACGACUUAGGAGUUAAAGAGCUUUGUUGUAAGACGGAUUCACAGCUGGUAGCGGGUCACAUGAACGGCACCUUCCAAAUUAAGGAUGAUCAACUUCUCAAAUAUUCCCACAGAGUUAAGCAACUGUUCGCACACUUUGACAGCAUCGAAGUCAAUCACAUUCCCAGAAGUGACAAUCAAAGAGCUGAUCGGUUAUCAAAAUUAUCCACUGGUAAAGAGAAGGGACAUCUAUCCUCCUUGGUCCGGCAGAUAGUUUUCAAGCCUGCAGUUGAAUGUCUACAAAUCUAUUCCGUUGCCGAACGAGACGAUUGGAGAAGAGAAAUUGUAAAGCUAAUUCAGUAG